CUCCAGGCAAGGAUUUUAGGCGCUGCAGGCGGCGGCGCACACAGGAAUCCUCUCGAAAACUGCAGUCGGGGCCGACAGCACGACGCCGCGCGAGCGCUAGUGAGACCACAGCCGAAUUCAGGCUGCAGGGCACAUCUGCGCCGCAGGACGCUAAUUGUCCUCGCGCGCUCGCUAUGUUCAGGUGACACACUGUAAGAAAUGGCCACCUUCGCGGUCCCGCCGCCGCAGACGCGCGACUGGCGCGAAUUGCCCGACGCGAAGACGAUCGAUACCGGCACGAAGCGGCUCGUCGUCUUCCUCGACUACGACGGCACGCUGACGCCCAUCGUCGAGGCGAGCGACGCGGCCGUGCUAACGGCGCCGAUGCGCGCAUCCAUCGCGCGGCUCGCGCGGCACGCGCCCGUGGCGGUGGUGAGCGGACGGGCGCGGGAAAAGGUCCGCGAAUUCGUGGCGGUCGAAAAUCUCUACUACGCUGGUAGCCACGGCUUCGACAUCGAUGGACCUGGCGGGCUCCGGAAGCAGGUCAAGACGUCCGCGGUGCCGAUCCUCCGCGCGGCGCGGUCACAGCUCGAGGUCUGGCUGCGCGACGUGGCGGGCGCGUCCGUCGAGGACAACGUCUUCUCCGUGUCGAUCCACUGGCGCGGCGUCGCCGAGGCCGACCGGCCGCGCGUCGCGGGGGCCGUCGACGCCGUGCUGGCGCUGGCGCCCUUUAGGACGACGCUGCGGAAGUUCAGCGGCAAGUGCGUCUUCGAGCUGCGGCCGUCGGCGGCCUGGAACAAGGGCGAGGCGGCCCUCUACUUGCUCGACAUGGUGCGCAAGGCCGAGGGCGGCGCGCACGACUGGUUCGACGGCGUGCAGCCCAUCUACGUGGGCGACGACGUGACGGACGAGGACGCGUUCAAGGCCCUUGCGCCCUUCGGCGCCGUCGGCGUGCUCGUGGCGCCCGCGGACGAGUCCGAGCGACCGGCGCGGACGCACGCGACGCACCGGCUCCGCGACGUCGACGACGUGCGCGCGUUCCUGGACGCGCUCGCGGCGCGGGCGGAAGCGCCGCCGGCGACGGGUGAUGCUUCUACUACGUAAGUCUCUACUAUUCCCGA